AUGGCUGCUCCCGCAAAGAGUACACCGAAAGAUGCACAAGUUAUGGCUGCUAUUUUGAAGGAUAUGGGUGUAGUCGAAUACGAACCACGUAUAAUUAAUCAAAUGUUGGAGUUCUCUUAUCGUUAUGUGACAGAUAUAUUAGAUGAUGCUAAAAUAUAUUCAUCUCAUGCCAAUAAAAAGACUAUUGAUGUAGAUGAUGUCAAGCUAGCUGUUCAGUGUAAAAUGGAUCAUUCUUUUACAGCUCCACCACCUAGAGACUUAUUAAUGGAUAUCUCUCGUCAUAAAAACAACCAGCAGUUACCAUUGAUUAAACCUUAUACAGGCCCUAGAUUACCACCAGAUAGGUAUUGUCUAUCAGCUCCAAAUUACAAACUUAAAACUGCUAAAAAGGUAAGUCUUAAUUAUGCUGUGGGACUUUCUUAA